AUGGCCCUUUCCCUUAUGAAACCACCAAAUGCAUCAAAGUCUAAUUUAGCAAAUGCUGGAAAAAACUUGUAUGCCUGCAGGGCUGAAGAGAAGGCUCCCGGUACUAAAGUUUGGAACCAAAAUGAGUAUACUCCUUUAAGUAACACAACACAUUCAAGACCUGACAGUGGAAUUAUUAAAAAGUUUGAGACCCUUUCAAACAGUUUGAAAACUGUUCAGCAGCAAAAAAACCCUGAUAACCGUAAUUCAUCCCAGCAUAUGAAAACAACAGAAACCAGCCAACCUUUUGCAUCUAAAGGACAGUGGCCAGUGAAACCUAACGCUGUUUCCAGAAGUCUGCAGGACCAUAGUGUGGCAUAUAAAUUUAACCACAAUAUUCAGCAAAAUAAAAUUAAUGGAAAACAAUUUGAUUGUGUUCCAGAAGACAAAAGUCAGGAAGGUUCAUCUCAAUUAAAAUUUGAAGAAAGAAAGACUUCUUUGCGAAUCAUAUCUGCAGUCAUUGAAAGUAUGAGGCACUGGAGUCAAUAUGCUUAUAAAACUGCACUAUUAUUUGAAGUUUUAGGCACGCUUGAUUCUGCAGUCACAGCUGGAGCAUAUGGGGCAAAGAAUUUUCUUUUGAGAGAUGGCAAGGAGAGUCUGCCUUGUGUAUUUUAUGAAAUUGACCGGGAGCUUCCAAGACUAAUUAGAGGUCGAGUGCACAGGUGUAUGGGAAACUAUGACGCAAAAAGGAACGUUUUCAAGUGCGUCUCUGUAAGACCAGCAACUAUUCAAGAACAAAACACUUUCCAAGAAUUUGUUAAAAUUGCAGAUGUUGAGAUGACAGUGUAUGUAAAAACAAUGAAUGAAAUUUAA